CAGAUGUCAGAGUAAUUAUAUUGCAUUACAGUCAUGAGACCCUCCCCUCAUUAUUCUACCAAUAGAUGGAGCUUCAAGUUUACGUGCUGGGUUCGAACAUCGCAGCAGCAGAACUUCGAUUGGUGGUUGCAGCUAUCGUUAAGGUACAGCGUUAGAGAUGUGACAUAAAUGAGGCCUCGUGCAGCUUACUGCAGGCCAACGUUAAUGGUGCAUCGAAGCCCGACAAGCAGCGCAUAUGCAUAAAAGCUUCACGAUGGGGGGGACCGGCGCCCGCCCGCGAUCUUGAUGUUCCAUGAUUCUUCUUCCGGCCUUCUAUCUGUUUAUCUGUCACCCAACCACCUGUUCUACGCCUUCUAUGCAGCUCCUCUUUUUGGAUGUGGCCGAUGCUAUUAGACCAAUCUGUUCGUUGAGACAGUUCGGAGUAUCACUGCUAUGGGAUGUUCAUAGGCAUAAUGAAGUUCAUAUCGCUUGUUUCAACAGAGUCUUCCAAGGCGGGGUGUUUGACAUGAGAUCAUCGAGCCAUCCAUGUAAGAAAUCCGGACACAAUAGAUGAAUUAUUGACGCAAAGACCGGCAAACGUAUUUCAAAGUUGGGGGGGUUUGCGGGCUUGUGAUUCGAGCAUACUAGACCGAACCCCCCUUGCUCAACAGAAUGUCAGUGCGAUACAUGGAGGAGGCCACGGCAGAAAAGGUGUAGAAAAGAGGUCAAAAAUGUAAAUGUUAUUGAGGCUGUGCUCGCUUCUUGUAACAGCGGGUCUCGAAUUGGUCUCUUGUAGACAGGAAUUAGAGAAGGUCUGUUUCGAUCAUCUGAGGAAAAGAGUUCUGGGCACAUGGACAGACAUGAGGUUUUGUGCGAUCUUGAAGACGUCCCACAUAGUCAUCCAGGUUGUCGGUUACUAGCGCUGUCAAUCUCGAGCUUAAAAGUUUCUUAAUAUCAUACUAUAUAUGUAGAGCGUGCCACAGAGUGGUCAGUUCACAGAAGGUCGUCCUACGGUAGUGACGAUCAAGGCUGGGAC